AUAUAUAAAUAAAAUAAAUCGAGUCUCUUUCAGUGUUUUUGUGCAUCCUGUCUGCGGCACUCGUUUAAAAACCGCACCGUAAAUCGGGUCUACAGCCAUGCUGAUCAGAGAAAUGAAUAUCCUGAUAAUCGCCGAAUUCUUUAUCCUCAACCACGUGUCCUACGUGCUGAGUAGAGGAUUAAAUCUCACUCAGCUAAUUAAGAGUCUUGGUCCUGACCUCGUUUACCAGAAAGCCCUACGUAACAUACCGAUGGAGAGAGACUUCUAUCUGGAGGAAUAUUAUGACGCGGAAAGCGAGGCGAGGGAACUGCGGCAGCUAAACAGAGAUAACAGAAAUUUGUUUGCCGAAUAUCGCAGUCUUUGUGAAACAAUAACGAAAAGAGUGGACUUGGAUUCCGAUGAUGAAUAUGAAUAUCAACCCCUGCAUUAUCACGAAGUCUACUGUAAGGCCUAUUCGUUGAUGAGCGAAGAAGAACGAAUGAUAAAACCAUUGGAACAGAAAUGCGUUUACCCGGUAUUCCACUGCGUGCAGAGAUAUCGGUCUUUAUCUUUCGUCAGACGACAUUGGGACAGUCAAUGUUGGGAGCCGUACACAAAGGAAAUCGCCAGCGGUUGCGACUGCAUGUGGCCGGUCGCUUCCUUUGGCGAGAUAAAGGAGCAUUAUUGAUUUAGUAAAAUUACGUUAGCAAGUUUCAUCGUAUAAUGCAAGUAUAUGUCGCGAAACUCCGGACGCACAUCCGCAACGAACGAGAUCUUUCGUAAAAAUAUUUAUUUAUUGUAUUAUAUAAACGCAAAUGAGAGAAACGUAA